AUGUCACUCAAAGAAAACGCUUGUCGGAAAUUCCAAGCCAACAUUUUCAACAAGAGCAAAUGUCAGAACUGCUUUAAACCCAGAGAAGCGCAUCUGCUGAACGACGAAGACUUAAAUCAGGCAAAACCCAUAUAUGGAGGAUGGUUGCUGUUGGCACCAGAGGGGACUAAUUUUGACAAUCCUUUACACAGAUCUCGGAAAUGGCAGAGAAGGUUCUUUAUCCUCUACGAGCACGGUCUGCUCCGAUAUGCUCUGGAUGAGAUGGAGCAGCUCACAAAAAACCUCAGACCCAGCAUCAAAACCAACAAGCCGGGCAGGGAACUGGACAUUCCUAAUGUGGAUACAGUGUUGGGGAAACGACUGAAAUUCCUGGUAGUACACCUGAUAGGCAAAGCCAAAGGCAAAACAGAGAGUUCUUCUCCUCUGAUGGGAAGGAGUGAAGAAAACAAGAAGCAGACGCAGAGGAUGGACCCUGAAAAGAGCCGAAUCCAGGCCAUGUUCAUGAGUCAGAACGAAUUGGUGCCAUUCAUCGGGUUAAAAGGAGGAGUGGCUCUCUGGACUGUGGUGGCUGACAAUCCCACAUUGUGUGAACUGGUGCUGAUUCACAAAGGACCCAUUGUGGAGAGUGGUGGCCCAGGGAGGACGGACAGGGCCUAG